GUUACGUUGGUAUACGUGGGGCAACUGAAGCACCGCGAGCCGCGAGCCGCCAACCGCCGUCCGUCAUCGACGAUAGAAGUACAAGUACAGUACACUCAUGACUAUCUCAUAUACUCCACUUGCACUUCAAAAAGUGGCCAACUACAAAGAUAUAAUCUCCUCCACGAUCUGUCACUAUCACCUCACUCUCUUCCUCUCACAUACCUAAUUCUACCCACAAUGUCUCUCGAAGUCAUCACCACAAUCUCCCCAAACACAAACGAGCCCAUCCUUACCAGGAAUGGCGCCUCUCAAGCUGACCUUGAGUCUCUCCCCAAGGUCGCCACUGAGGCUUUCCAGAGCUAUCACAAGACAACGUUGAAGGAGCGCCAAGCUAUUGUUCGCAAGUUCCUCGAUGGCCUCUUGGCUAAGAAGGAUGAGCUCGGUGAAGAGUUGACUGUUCAAAUGGGCCGCCCCAUCUCUUACACACCGGGCGAGGUCGCCACAGCUGUCAAGCGUGGUGAAUAUCUCCUCAAGAUCAGCGAUGAGGCCCUCAAAGACACCGACGGCGAGCCCGAGAAGGGCUUCAAGCGUUUCAUCCGAAAGGUCCCUGUCGGACCUGUACUCAUCAUAUUCGCGUGGAACUACCCUUACCUUAUUCUGGUCAACUCUCUCAUUCCCGCUCUUCUUGCAGGCUGCAGUGUAAUCCUCAAGCCCUCACCUCAGACACCUACCAUCGUGGAACGGGUUACCGAUCUCCUAAAGGAGGCGGGCUUGCCUGAUGGCGUUUGCCAGUACUUCCACUGCGGCUCUCCCACUCUUAUGGAGACCAUUGUGCGCGAUCCCAAGAUCGCCCUAGUUUGUUUCACCGGCUCUGUCGCUGGAGGUCUCGCUGUGCAACAAGCUGCGUCUGACCGCAUUGUAAAUGUCGGUCUGGAGUUGGGUGGCAAGGACCCAGCAUAUGUUCGAUCAGAUGUCGAUGUUGAUUGGGCUGCUGCAGAGAUUGUUGAUGGUGCCAUCUUCAACUCUGGUCAGAGCUGCUGCUCUAUCGAGCGUGUGUAUGUUGACGAGAAGAUUCACGAUCAGUUUGUUGAGGCCGUGCAAAAGGUGCUCAAGAGCUACAAGCUCGGUGAUCCCUUUAACAAGGAGACCCAAUUGGGACCUGUCGUUUCAAAGCGAUCAAAGCAGAAUGCCGAGGAACAUAUUAAGGAUGCCGUCGACAGCGGUGCCAAGGAUGCCACUCCCGAAAACGAGACUUUCAGCAACCCUCCUACCAAGGGUAACUUUGUGAAACCCACCCUUCUCACCGGCGUCAACCACAGCAUGCGGGUCAUGACUGAGGAGUCGUUUGCCCCAAUUAUUCCCGUUAUGAAGGUCAAGGAUGACAGCGAGGCCAUCAAGUACAUGAACGAUAGCGAGUUUGGUCUGACAGCCAGCAUCUGGACCAAGGACACAGACAAAGGAUACGAGCUUGCCGAGGAUGUGGAAGCCGGCACUGUAUUUGUCAACAGAUGCGAUUAUCCGGCACCGGAUCUUGCUUGGACUGGCUGGAAGAACUCGGGUAAGGGACAGACGCUUAGCAAGUUUGGAUUUGAUCAGUUUGUGAAGCUCAAGAGCUACCACCUGAAGGAUUACCCAAACUAAACUAGAUAGAGAGAUUGUUAUUGUUGGUCGAACCCGGUUAGGUGGCUCUGAACAAUGAGACGGCUGCCUGUGUUGACAUGAAUCAAACACUCACCGCAAACAAUCUGAUACUGCCAUGAUUAAGAACGAAGUACGUGAUUUGAGUGCACAUCAUUUCUCUUAGCGACUGUCUAAGAAGUGUCGCCCCUGGCGAGGCGGGCAGGGCAGAAGCGGGUGAGACGAGACGUUUUCGAUAACGGGCAACCAAGACAAGACGAGGUAAAGUUUGGUCUUUCUGGGGAAUGUUAUGUUGAUGAGGGAUUGCUGCAUUCGGUAAUCUCUAUGGUGAGUAGAACAAUCUGCGACAACUGACACUACGUGGCCUUACACGGUCAAUUCACUACUAUCUAAUAGUGAAG